GGGCUGGGACACUAAAUGCCCUCGACGCAGGCUUUGCUUUCCUGCCCUCUGCCCCGUCGGGGUUCUGUGUCAUUCCUGGGGCUGUACCUCGUGUUUGGCUACGGCGCCUCGCUGCUCUGCAACCUCAUCGGCUUCGCCUACCCCGCUUAUGUCUCCAUAAAAGCCAUCGAGAGCUCCAACAAGGAGGAUGACACCACGUGGCUGACGUACUGGGUGGUGUACGGCGUCUUCAGCAUAGCCGAGUUCUUCUCCGACACCUUCCUCUACUGGUUCCCCUUCUACUAUGCUGGGAAGUGCCUGUUCCUGCUGUGGUGCAUGGCCCCCGUGUCCUGGAACGGGUCGCAGGUGCUCUACCAGAAGGUCAUCCGGCCCUGCUUCCUCAGGCACCAUGAGGCCGUGGACAGCAUGUUGGGCAACCUCAGCACCAAAGCCCUGGAUGCGGCUUCCGGCGUCGCCCGGGAAGUCCUGCAGACUCUGAUCAGCAGCCGCGCCCGGCUGGCGGCCCAGGUGGCACCGCAGCUCAGCUUGUCUCCUCCAGCAGCACAAAUGGGGGAUCCUGGCCCCCGUCUCCCCACAGCCACGUGUUCUCCUGCCACGGAGCCUCUCCCUGCGUCGAUCCAGCUGCGCGUUCCUGUCCCCCCGUUAAUAAAUGAGCUGUGAUUGCUGGCA